GCAAGCGCAGUAAGUAGGGUUGGGGAAUUCAUGUGGAGGUCAGAGUGGUGCUUGGUGAGCAAAGGAUUUGGGGCCUUCCUGAUAACCGCCGUGCCCCCCGCCCCCACUCGCGUGCUCCCUUGGGGUACUGAGGGGACGGGGAAGGGGUCGAGGAAAGGAGAAGGUCUGAGAGGGCAGAAGACCCAUCUGAAGAAGACAUGGCUGCUAAACUGUUUGAAGCUGUUGGCAAAUUUGGCUUGGGCUUAGCUGUUGUAGGAGGAGUUGUCAACUCUGCCUUAUAUAAUGUGGAUGCUGGCCACAGAGCUGUCAUCUUUGAUAGGUUCCGUGGAGUCCAAGACAUUGUUGUAGGGGAAGGGACUCAUUUUCUUAUCCCCUGGGUACAGAAACCAAUUAUUUUUGACUGCCGUUCCCGGCCACGGAAUGUCCCAGUAAUCACUGGUAGCAAGGAUUUACAGAAUGUCAAUAUCACCCUUCGUAUUCUCUUCCGACCUGUUGCCAAUCAGCUACCCCGAAUCUUCACCAGCAUUGGGGAGGACUAUGACGAGCGAGUGCUGCCAUCCAUAACAACUGAGAUCCUCAAGUCAGUGGUAGCUCGAUUUGAUGCUGGAGAAUUGAUCACUCAGAGAGAACUAGUCUCUAGGCAAGUGAGUGAAGACCUCACAGAACGAGCAGCGACCUUUGGGCUCAUCCUAGAUGAUGUUUCUUUGACACAUCUGACCUUUGGGAAGGAGUUCACGGAGGCAGUGGAAGCCAAACAGGUGGCUCAGCAGGAAGCAGAGAGGGCCAGAUUUGUAGUGGAAAAGGCCGAGCAACAGAAGAAAGCAGCCAUCAUCUCAGCAGAGGGUGAUUCCAAAGCUGCAGAGCUGAUUGCCAAUUCACUGGCCACUGCAGGAGAUGGCCUAAUAGAGCUUCGUAAGCUAGAAGCCGCAGAGGACAUCGCUUACCAGCUUUCCCGCUCUCGGAAUAUCACCUACCUGCCUGCUGGACAGUCAGUGCUCCUCCAACUGCCCCAGUGAGGCCUUCAGCCCUGCUGAUCCUACCCCACUCUGCCAGGAUUCAAUCCAUAGCCUUCUCCUUGCCCCUCCCCUACCCAAAAUCACUGUGAGAUUUAAUGAUUUGGCUUAUGCAAAGGAAAUAAAAUUAAAGUCAUUUUGGGAUCUUGAAUUUCUCUAUAAGAUUAAACUCUUUCAAAAUUCUUUGCAACUCUCCUGCCCAUCCCAACUUUAAAUAAGAACUGAUAUCUGUCCUGAACAAGUGGCUGGGGUAACACUGCUCUCAUUGACCUUCUGGAGAAGCACAACCUCAGUGCUGCUGGUAACAGAGAAAAGGUCAAAGGAAGAAGGGCAGAGAGGCUUUCAGGUGGACAGCUUUAAUAUAGCCUGGAGCUUCCUGCCAUUUGACCAGAGAAGAUAAGAAAAGGAUAACACCCAGAUCCUUAGGUAUUGGCUAUAGUUCAAGAAAAGGUGGCUUUCCACUCAUUCUAGCAUUUUGUUUUUAGACACAAUUUAAAAGAGGUGCUUGGAGGGUCAGGAAGGAAAUGGUCCAAUUGCCAUGAGGCUGAUCAUUAACUAUGAGGCUAGUGGAAGCAGAUGUGUAUGUGACUGGUACUGACUGAGAGGGCUGACCCUCCUGGGAUACAAGGGAAAUUUUUUUCUCUUCCCACUUAAUCCCCAAAGGGUUAUGGGAAUAGAAUGGUCUUCAGUAGGGCCCUGAAAUAAAUGGGAAUCUACUUGGAAGCUUGCCUCUCAUCCCUGUCCCCUUUUAAAAUGCUCAGGAGGGAGCUCCCAGUCUGAGGGAGUGCAUUCAGCACUAUGUUCUUCGGUGAUGUGUGAGUUCUGAGUUCCUGGCUCUUCUAUUCAGAGACAUUGCCCUUCCGGAUAGCUUUGUAGCUUGUGUUGUGGAGGGAAUGGGAACAACUGUGGGGGAGAAAACAAAUUGUGUAACCCGCCUUCAAUAAAUGACACCCAAAUUCCCUA